AUGGCCUUCAUCCAGGCCUUAGCCACCAUGCUGGUACUGCUCAUCGGGGUCCUGCCCCACAGCCUCAAUGAGAACUUGGAUCAUAAAAGGGCCAGCGGGGAAAAGUGUGUCCACCACAGCCAGUGCUUGAGUGACUGUUGCCUCAUAGACCUGGAAAGGAGGGGGGCCUUCUGCACCCCCAAGUCUCGGAUAGGCAUGGAGUGCUUGCCCCAGACCAAGGGGACCCUGAACAUCCUGUGUCCCUGCCGAAUUGGCUUGAGCUGCCAUUCUAAGGACCCCAUGUGCCCCCGCCGAUGCCAAAUGAUUUAG